GGUAACUCUAGAUCUAUUUGUGUGAGGUGUGUUGCUGGUUGGAGUAUAUGGGGUGGUGGGUGUAGUUCAUACAGGAUUCUAUUUCGCUGUCGGAUACCUAACUGGAUUCUGGUUGUCCAAGCUCCGGACAUAAUGAAUUCCAACUACCAAAGAUGUUUGUUUAUAUGUCUGUCAAUGACAACUCUCGCUGCUGUAGCUUUCUAUUGGACAGUUAAUCCAGAUGUGGGUGUGUUCCAAAUCACAACUUUCAAUUCAACAAAAGUUAACACGUCCAUAAGAGAAACAUUCAUCCUCGAGGUCUCUCAAAAGCAUCCCCUCGUACUUCGUAGACGAAAUGUGGUCAUCACUUCAGCAGAUUCUCCUCAUGCAACUAAACGCAUUGUGUGGAUGAACGUCCCACCCUGGUACAAGACAGUUACAUCUUUCGCCCACUGUUACGUUCGUUCGUGUGAAAUAAGUACAGACGAGGCACAUAUUUCAUCAGCUGAUGCUGUGGUUGUCAAUGGUGUUAAUUUGCCAUCAUCAAAACACCCAAACACGGACAUGAACCAGGUGUGGAUUAUGUAUGGAUGGGAAGCACCUCCCCACUAUUCAACUAACACGAUUUUCCGUCCUGACUGGAAUGGACGUUUUAACUGGACAUUGACAUACCGACUGGAUUCGGAUAUACCAUUUCCUUACAAUAGGAUAGUGUACACUGGAGGCAGUGUGAAUAUAAGUGAUGUUGUGAGACGGAAAAGCCGAUCUAUUGCUUGGUUUGUAAGCAACUGUCGUACACCCUCAAAGAGGGAAGUGUAUGUUCGAGAACUGCGGAAACAUAUUGAUGUCGACAUUUAUGGCGCCUGCAGAAAUACCAAGAGUUAUGACUGUCCAAAAGGAAGGUCCUUCGAGUGUCUUGGUCUGUUAAACACCACGUAUAGAUUUUAUCUUUCGUUUGAAAAUUCCCUAUGUAAAGACUACAUCACAGAGAAGUUCUACAACACGUUCAUGACUUCAGCUAUUCCCAUCGUUCGUGGAGGCGCUGACUAUGCACGUCUUCUGCCAGAAGGAACCUUCAUCAACACAGCAUCAUUUGACAGUCCAAAGAGUUUGGCGAACUAUAUCCGAUAUUUGGAGAGGAAUGAGACAGCUAUGGGGGCAAUUUUAGAAAAGAAGCACAAGUAUGAAUACAUUAAUUCAAGAACAAAUUUUGAUUGGAGGUGUCAGCUGUGUGCCAAGUUACAUGGAAAUUUUACGAGAAAAUCUCACACAGAUAUGAAACAAUGGCUUAAGGACGGAAAGUGCAUAGAACAGCCAAAAGAUCUGCCGUAGUGCUUGGGAAUGUAAAAACGUGUCAUAAUCAUUGAAGAUCAAUACAAGAUUUGCACACGAGGCAGUUGUAAUCCCUAGUUGAUUCUUGUAUUACACUUGUUAAAGAACUAACUCUAUGUUUGCUCUCUGUGUGUGCUCUUCAAUACACGUGUUCAAGAUCCAGAUGUUGCAUGUGUCAACAAAGGUGUUUGUGCUGAUUGUGAUGCUGAUGGUCACGCUGGAGGCUUGUGUUGAUACAAAUGCCAAUAUAAAUAUUGAUGUUUAUGACUGUACGAACCGAACACUUUAAUUCUAAUGUUUCAAAUGAUUAAAAAUGUAUGUUAAUAAUAAUAUAAAACACUUUGGUGCAUUCUUUACAUGUCUUGUGAGCAGAGGCGUCCAUAUUGGGACAGCAAAUUCUCUGGAUACAGACUCGUUCCUUCAUGCUUCAAUGUCCAUAGCCCGAAAAGACCUGUCAAAGAAAUAUGGUGUGACAAUGGUACUAACUUUAUCAGUGCAGCUAAAGAACUGCAACAAGCAGGAGCAGAAAAGAGCCAGGAACGUAAUCAGUCUUUACCUUCUGAAAGGUAAUAUUGACUGGAAAUUCAACCCUAGAUCAGCAAGCCAUAUCGUUGGCGUUUGGGAACGUCUGACCAGGUUCGUUUUCCUCUUCUCAGCGAGUUUGGUGAACGUUUGAAUGAUGAGUCGUAUCGAACAAUAUUGUACGAAGUUGAAGCCAUUGCAAACUCCCGACACUUCACAACUGUAUCUGACAGUACUGACGAUCUCAAUCCUUAAACGCCUAAUCAUCUACUGAUGAUGAAGUCAAAUGUGUCUAUAUUACCUCCAGGCAAUCCCAAUACCUGACAUUUUAGGAUCACGAAGCCCUGGCCACAAUGUCUGACCUUAAUGAUUGUGUGUCAACUUGUCCAAACAGCGUUGUUCACGUUGGUAAACGUUGAUAUUGCU